UGAACAAUGGGCGGCAAGGCGUUUUUAGUAGUUGGUACCUUUGUACACUGUGGUGUUCUGCAGGGCAUAGGGCGCAGGCACCGUCUACUGCACUAGCGGCGAAGACGAGAAAGAACCGCGAGGUUUCAGAUCUGGUUCCGUACUUGGAGAAAUUCUUCAUGUUUACGUUUCCAGUUGAAAUUUUAUAUCCGUUUUAAGGAUGGGUUCGAACAAAGUAGCUACGGCAGUCGUUUUCGAUGUGAGCUCUUCUACGAGCGGGUUGACGGAUAAUGGGAGGACCUAUUUCGACAGGGCCAAAUCCUGCUUGGAGCGAAUCGUCCUGAGGAAGCUCUUCUCGAACGAAACCGACGAAAUCGGUUUGAUCGCCAUCGGGUCGGAGACUUCGGAUUCGAGGCUGUUCAAAGGUGGGAACGACUACAAGAACAUAUCGGAACGGACCCCGCUGCGCAUACCGAGCUGGGAUUUUUUGAAGGAGGUGGAAAACAUGGAGAUGUCGUCGGUGAAAGAGAGCAACUGGGUCGAGGGAUUCGUCGUCGGCUUGAAUUUCCUCAAAGAAGAGACGAGAGGAAAGAGAUUCCGUGAUAAACAACUCGUCGUUUUCUCAAAUUUCCAAUUGUCAGAACUUUACUCUAUGGGCAAACUGGACUCUUUAGUCGACGUCGUCGCUGCUGAGAAAAUCAACGUCGUUUUCAUUGGGGUCGAUGUGAAAGAAGAAAACGCCGACGUUGACGCUUUAAGUGGUAAUAAAGCUUUGAUGUUCAAAUUCGCGAGCAGACUCGAAACAGGCGUCUGGCUCAAUUUCAACGACGCAGAAGAAGAAUUCAAAUUCUACGAGAAAAAGAGAAAAAUGAAGCGAUUAAACAAAAUAACUUUAGACAUAGGCGUGAAAAUUAAAAUAUCUAUGAAGUGGAUGAAGUUGACGACAGAAGAGACUCGCAUCAUGUGGAGGAAGCCUUUGAUUAACGAACCCGGCUCGGCUAAUAUAAAUGAAACCGAAUCCACUCAUAAAGCUGUUAAACAUGAGGCUGAUGUGGUCCAAUAUGUAAAAUUCGGAGGGACUAAAGUAUACCUAAGCUAUGCCGAUCAGGAUGCUCUGAAGAGAAAAACCGGCUCACCGGUCUUCUCAUACUUAGGAUCUGUGAAAAAAGAAAGGAUCAAUCGUGCCAUGUUGACAGGGCAAGAUGUCUAUGUCGCUGUUCCGGACGGGACAGCCAGGUCGCACGCUUUAGUCUCUGCGUUGAUAUCCGCUCUCCAGGUUGAAAACAAGUACGGAUUGGCCAGGAGAAUUUUAUCAAACAAUGGUAAAAUUCAUCUCGGCCUCCUACUCCCGGUUUCAGACGAACUGGGGAAAGCUCUUUACUUUGUUAAACUCCCUUUUGCAGACAGUGUAAGAUCUGUCCUUUACAGGCCCCUCCCGCAAGAAAAAGACGAACGGCUGACCAGCCUCUUGGACGAUUAUAUAGAUUCACAACUGUUGGAAGACGGAGGUAAAAAUCUACUGAGAAGAGACCCUUCGUUUCAGCAUCGUUGCCAUAUAUUGUACACUAGGGCUAAGGGAGAUAAAACGGAGGAUGAACUCCCCGAUCACAUUAGGGAUUUAUACAAUCCUUAUCCCGAAUUGAAGAAUGCGGCCAAGCCUUAUCUGUCCAGUUUAAACAGAGAAUUUUUCAUAAAGUAUACAGAAACAGGGAAAAAUCGGUUGCGAGAAAGCAAAUAUGUACAAGAGGAUGAAGAACAUAUAUCAGAUAAAAACAAAAAAGAACCUACUGAAGACGAAGUUAAAGAAAUCAUGGAAAUAAAUAAAAUAGUUGAAAAUUUGGGUGAUCAUUCUGAUGAUGAACUAUUUGAUUUCAAGAUAGACACUCAACCACAAUUGGAUACAGACCAACUACUUGAAAAUUUUUAAUUGUCCAUUAUUAUUAUUAUAAUAUCAGUUUUUAAUGUUUUUUGUUGUUGGCUUUUUAUAAGCAAUACAUAUUUUUCUUGCACAAUAAAGUUGUUUCAUUAUUAUUUGUUUGUCCUGUGGAAUACCCUUUUUUCAAGGCUGCAGUAAUUUAAACAUUUACAAAAUUAUUUAAAACGUGGUCUAUUCAAUUUUUUUUAAAAUUAUAAGUAAUUUUCAUGUGUGCUAUCAUUAUUUGUAUAUCAUUUGAAAUCACAAUUAUUGGUGAUUAAUUUUUAUUUUAUUAAUUUAUUUUUUUAAAAUGUGUGGAUUAAUUAUUUCAAAAUGUGGCGAAGAGAAUGUAUGCCCACGCUACAAAAACAGAAAUUGCGAAGUCCUAUAAACAAGGUGGCUUUCCUGUUAUUUUAUAAUUAAUUAAUCAUUU